AUGGAGAUCUGGAGCAGCCCCGCCGCCUACGACGAGCUGAGUGGGACCUCGGAGCGGGACAGCGGUGCCGACCCCAUCGCUCGGGAGCUGGAGGAAGUCCUGUGUGCUGAGCGGAUGGUCAGGAUCACAAAGACCUACCACGACAUUGAUGCUGUCACCAGCCUGCUGGAUGAGAAGGAGAGGGACCUGGAGCUGGCGGCUCGCAUUGGGCAGUCCCUGCUGAAGCAGAACCGGAGCCUGACAGAGCGGAAUGAGCUCCUGGAGGAGCAGCUGGAGCUGGCCAAAGAGGAGAUCGCUCAGCUGCGCCACGAAGUAUCCAUGCGGGAUGAUCUGCUCCACUUCUACACCACCACAACAGAGGAGAACGAGCCUGCCUCCACCACCCCCACGCCGCUGCGUCGGCACGAGUCCUCACUGUCCCUGCAGCAGUAUUUCCAGUAUGACACCUUGCAGCAGAAACUCAAGUGCCUGGAGGAGGAGAACCAGAAGCUUCGGAUGGAGGCCACCAACAUCACAACCAAGACCUGUCAGUAUGAGGACCAGGAGCAGCAGCUGAUGAUCGACUGCGUGGAGCAGUUCUCUGAAGCCAGCCAGCAGGUCGUUUACCUCUCGGAUGAGCUGGCCCGCAAGGCAGAGGAUGCAGCACGGCAGCAGGAGGAGAUCAGUCAGCUCCUGGCGCAGGUUGUGGACCUGCAGCAGAAGUGCCGUGCAUAUGGCUCAGAGGUGGAGGAGCUCCAGCAGCACCUUACUGUGGCCAAGGAGGUGCAGCAGCAGCUCCGGACAGAGCUGCGGGACCUGCAGGAGAAAUACACAGAAUGUGGUGGGAUGCUGCAGGAGGCCCAGGAGGAGGUGAAGAGCCUGAGGAACCGCAGCCUCCCCAACAGCACUGUCAGCCGCUACGGUGCCCCGAGCCUCCUGCCUGUGGACUCGCUGGCGGCUGAGAUCAAGGGGUCCAUGAGGAAGGGCACAGACAGCUCCUCCUCUGACUACAAGAGCUGCCUGCGUGUCUUUGAGACGGUGAAAGCAGUGAACCAAGCAGCCAAAGCCAGGUCUUGCUCAGAGUCUCCCCUCAGCACACCUGGCUCCAAGCAGUUGUCAGCUGCCACCUCUGGAGGGUCCAACACCCCCCGCAUCAGUGGCUCCGAGGGUGCUCAGGGUGAGGGGGCCGGGGAGGAGCCCCGGGCAGCCCCAGGCAGGCAGGACCUGGAGGCAGCAGUGCAGCGGCUGUCAGCACGGCAGCAGAGCCAUGCCCAGGCUGGGGGAUCCUUCUUUGAGGCUGAGCGGGACCAAAAGCAGCGGCGGCUACGGGAUGGAGAGAGCUCCAGUGGCCUCCUCACCCCCAAUGACAGCGUAGUCUCCACCGCCACCAACUGCUCAGAGCUCACCUCUGGCUCCAGCUUCUCCCUUGGCUCCCUCUCCUACCUGCCCGACAAGCUGCAGAUUGUGAAGCCUCUGGAAGGAUCUGUGACUCUCCACCACUGGCAGCAGCUGGCAAGGCCCAACCUGGGUGGGAUCCUGGUGCCCCGUCCUGGGGUGCUCACCAAAGACUUCAGGCAGCUGGACAUAGACCUGGAGGAGGUCUACAGCCUCAAUGACCUGGAGGAGGACGAUGUGGACACCAGCUCCUUCCAGCUGCUCUCUACCUCAACACCUGCCAAAGCCAAGGAGCGCCCGGGGGUGUUCCUCUCUGUUAACAACCUCCCCCAGACCCUGUCUACCUUCACCAUCACCACCUGCCACAUCCUCCACCCCACCACUGAGGUCACCACGGUGACACCCAGUCUGUGUAAUGCCAUCGUGUCUUCUUGUGGGCCCCCUGAGGGGUUGAUGAGCCUUGGCAGCCCCUCACUGAACACGUCUUCCCCUGUGCUGAUACCUGGCCCUGGACCCCCGAGCACCCCUGUGGGACUCCUCAGGCUCUUGCUGGUGCGGGGCAUCUCUGCCUCAGGAACUGGGUCAUGGUGCUCCCCUCUGCUCCCCUCCCAGCACCCCCAGCAUGCUGGCACCCAGCCCUUCCCUGCACCCGAGGGGCAGGAGGGACCCCAGCCCAGGAGCAACAUCUUCAGCUUGAACCUGGUGGAGAAGUUGAGGCGCCUGGGGCUGGACAAGGUGGUGGCCAGAGGGGACAUGUCGUGCAGCCCCCCAGGGUCUGGGGGCUCCUGGGGCACCAGCUCCUGCCCACCUUGGGCUCUCCUCUGUUCCUCUCCUUGUUCCCCAAAUCCCAUGGCCACCACGAGCCAGCACUGCCCAGAGGGACAGUGCCACCUCCCUGGGCCAUAA